UUUUGCCUUUUGAGUUUUACUGAACUUCGCUUAAUGGACUACGGAGUCUUCCAUCACUCUUCCGAACAGAACAUUUCGGGGUGGUGGCGGCCGGUGGUGGCGGCUCUGCUACUCUCUCCGUGAAAAGCCGCCAUGGCUCCUCCUCUCAAGAACCCUAAGAAGAGCAAGAAGGCGACGAAGAAAUUGAAGAAAAGGAAGAAGAAGAAGACCAAAGUUCGAAUCAGAAGCAGCAGCUCCGGUCCCGUGGAUCCUACAGCCGUCGACUCCGAAUGGUGGACCAAUUUCUGGCACAAGAAUUCCAACAUCUCAGGAUCUUCAAUACCUUCCGAUGAGGAGCAAGGGUUCAAGUACUUCUUCAGGGUUUCCACCAAGACAUUCGAGUACAUCUGCUCAAUCGUGCGAGAAGAUCUCAUCUCCCGACCUCCAUCGGGGCUAAUCAACAUCGAAGGAAGGCUCCUGAGCGUGGAGAAGCAAGUCGCCAUUGCCCUGAGAAGGCUAGCUUCCGGCGAGUCCCAGGUCUCCGUCGGAGCAGCAUUUGGUGUCGGGCAAUCCACCGUCUCUCAAGUCACCUGGAGAUUCAUCGAAUCAAUGGAGGAUCGAGCAAGGCACCAUCUCAAGUGGCCUGAUAACAACGAGGUGAUCAAAACCAAGUUCGAGGAGCUCUUCCACUUGCCCAACUGCUGUGGAGCCAUCGACGCAACCCACAUUACCAUGACCCUGCCCGCAGUCGAGACCUCGGACGACUGGUGCGACCAGGAGAACAACUACAGCAUGUUCCUGCAAGGAAUCGUCGAUCACGAGUCGAGGUUCCUCGACAUUGUCACCGGCUGGCCCGGAGGGAUGACUGUGGAUAGGCUUCUCAGGUGUUCGGGUUUUUACAAGCGUUGCCAGAGUGGGGAGCGUUUGAAUGGCGGGUUGAGGGCUUUGGAUGAAGGGGUGGAAGUCAGGGAGUACAUCGUCGGAGGUGUUAACUACCCUCUGCUUCCUUGGCUCGUUACUCCGGGGCACGAGAGAGAUGGAGUUUCGUUGAUGAGUGGAUUCAAUGACGUUCAUGAGAGGGCAAGGGGACUUGCUACCAAGGCAUUCCUGCAGCUGAAGGGAAGCUGGAGGAUUCUCAGCAAGGUGAUGUGGAGGCCCGAUAAGCGGAAGCUGCCAAGCAUUAUCUUGGUGUGUUGCCUGCUUCACAACAUUGUGAUCGACUGUGGAGAUCAUUUGAACCCUGAUGUUGAGCUGCCUGGUCACCAUGACUCUGGCUACGGAGAGCAGCAGUGUGGGCAAGUUGAUCAUCCAUUGGGAAGAAGUUUGAGGGGGAAUCUAGCUAGUUACUUGUGUCACAAGAAAGUCCAUUGUAUGGCAGAGUGAGCAAAUGCUUCAAGGACUUGUCUUAUGUAAUGGCAGUAUGAAA